AACCAUCAAGCAAGACGGGUGGAGAGGGAAGCAGUGUUUCAGAGUACGCCAAUAAACCGAUGUCUUCACGUUGCAGAGUCCUUCUGUGCUGUUUUCGGCUCUCUCGGUCCUUCUGUCAUUCAGAUACGCUGCAGAUGUAACCGAAUUUUGCUACCGUAGAGAGCCUUGGCCACCGAGUUGGACCAUCUGUCUCUGUGAGGGUGAGAGGCGUUUAGCUUAUACACGACUGCUGGUCGGCUAAUAUCUGUCUUGUAUUUGACCUAUAUUUGAAUCAGAUCAGCGAGUGAGAGAACGCCUUUCCUCUGCCCAAUGUCACCAUGCAUUUUUGCACUAUAAUUGACCUGUUUUGCGCCUGUUUUCAAGUAAUAAGCAACUGAAACAAGCGAAAAAAUUGUUGGUAAUCUGGGUAAGCCAAAUUCUAAAAGAUGGUUUAAAAGAUGGCAAGAUGGUACCCCUAAUCCAGAUGUAGAUCAUAAAAUAUCAUUCCAAGCACUGUUUCUGUUCUCUCUGCUCCAGAGCUUAUUUUUAUGUGGAAUUUAAAGCUUGCUUUAAUUAUUGAGAUUUAAAUACGAGUGCGCGUAGUGCGCGCUCCCCGGAGGGCAACGCAGGGUAAAAAAGGUUCCACCUGCCCAGUGCGUUUAGCCGAGCGCCUUCCAGCGAUGUCCAGGCACUCGCGAAGCAAAAAGUUUCCCCGCCUCUCCACACCCAGGCGUUGUUAGCAUCCCUUGCGCAGCACGAUCCGCGUCGACGCACCCCGUCCACAUGCGUGAGCCACUGCAAGCUCGCGGCGAAGGCGAGGUCGAGUUGGCGCGCGAACGUGCGGCAACCUCCAGACCUGCGCCUGGGAGUUCGGGAGCCUUCGGCUUGUCCCUACCUGAGUCUUGCUUGCCCGCCGCCGCAGGCGCCUCGCCUAGCUGCCUCGUAGGCGUAGCGCACUUAGAAUUUAUAUACUAUUCAUAUUCAUUGUCUUCUUAUCUUUUAGUUUUAUCAGACUCAGAUGCCGUUUUUAAAGAAAAACUCUCCCUACUCACUCCUCUCACCUCCUUCAACCUGUCCGCUUAAUCAGUUCGUUCGCUUAGAUCAGUAAUUUAAUCAGCAGGCGGGGUAGACUAGUUCAUUUCUAGUCGCCGUCUAGUCUUUCAUCAUCGUAACAGCUGAAAUGAUGCUAGACCUAGAACUAGAAAGACUUCGAUCUCAUGCUCAUCGGAUAUAUCUAGCUCUGGCAGAACUUUCGGAUGAUGUGCAUAGUCGUCGGAUUGCCCUCAGACAAGCUCAAAAUCGCGAACAUUAAAUAACCAAGUUGUCGCGGAUGUUGUUCAGUUAACGGUUAAUAUUAUGCAUGGAUCAUGCCACUAGCUUCUCUUUAUCUCUCGUUGUACCCCAAACCUUAACUCUUUAAGCAUUGAAUAGAAGGCUAAGAUGAAACCUGAAUCAAUACUUCAGCACCCGAACAACGAUGAGAUAGAGGGCCCCGACUUUAUUCCCUUGGAGCAUGCUUUGCGAGGCUUGUAUGACUUUGGCGGUACUCACACUACUCCGCUCUCCUUUCCGUCGCAGCAUAUUUUUGUCACACGAGCUUUCUUGACUACAACUAAGUCGCAGCGCAGGGCUUUCGAUGCGGUAGGGGGCCCGACAAUUCAUGAUGCCCCUAUGCAAGCGGAGACUACGUCGUCCUCGUCCUCCACAAAAGAAGACAGACAGAAGCGGACUACAUUGGUAAUGAAAGUCCCACACUUCGUGGUGCGGUUCGCCGUGGGACCAGGAAAGGAGGCUCUUCUUUUGGUGUCGAACUAUGAGGCCGAACGUCUUUUUGCAAAUUCCCGAAAUUUACGCCUAUUCUGCACUCUGAGCCGUACAAACCAGGACGGCGACUGCUUGACUGACCGCAUGCCGAAUGCGCUGACAGUAAUACUCAAAAACCCGACCUCCGUGUCCGUUGAGCCUACUGGUCGAAGCAAGGGAACUGGUGUAAAGACGAAACGCCCAGGACAGGCUGUUCCCAGAGUAGGUUCCAGCGGGUCGUCUCGCGGCUCCUCGUCAACCGCUCAAGGUAUUGCAGAGCCCCGCGUUGGCGUCUCCUCUACAGGUUUUGGCUUCAGCAGUCCUUCCCAGCAGUUGGAGCUGACGAGCUUAGUGCCGCUUCAUGCGUUCGCGGGUAGCGUGUAUGCUAAAAAGGAUCUUCUGCGCCAAAUGAUGUCGUACUUCGGCAUCUUGAGUCGGAGUGAUCGCCGCUUCGAGCGCUUUGCCCUUACUGAUUCGAAAGGUGAAAAAGUGCCGCCACUGGUCAUGAAGGACGGCUUUGUGCUGCCAGGCAAGGCGCGGAGUAUUACGGGUAAAAUUGAGCUAUUCAGUUUCAGUUUCUGACUUUGGAUAACGGCUCCGAGCUUCUUUAUUUCUUUAGUGACAUACGUACUUACUUACAUAUAUACAAGGACCUGUUGCUGGUACUCACGUCCUUUUCAACUUCUCCACCCAAGUUAGAAUAAUGAAAACGAGCUGCAAGCAGCUAGUGCUUUCUCUAAAAAUGAAGACUCCGAGCUUUCAGAGUACAGCAUUUGCGAGUACAAAACGUCACCAGUAGCGCAAUUGCGGCAAUUCUACAGCCAGGCGCGACAUUUGCAAUCCGAGCUUUCAACUUCGCCGCUCGGCUUGCUUCUUCAGUACGGAGUAAGCGACGGCGGCAACGCGACAUCCCCGGAAAGUCUUUAGGAGAAAGCGACGCAUAUCGAGAUUUGACAGACAACGCAGCUCUUAUCUAUCAUAUGGAUGCGUAGGAGUGUCAUGGUGUAGCUCGAUGCAAUUCCUACGAACAUAGUCAUAGUUCUUCCUCUUAUUUUGACUUCAGGAAUCAUGGAGCGCGAUAUUCUUGUCUUGUCUGAUUGAGAAUCACGGACGCAAUCUUAAUCAAAGACCAUUCACCCGCUUCUACGUACGAGAAGAUCGUGCGCAUUCAUCCUGUUAGUACGCGGAAGUUCUGCGCGCCACACAUGACUAUGAUUGUGCGCAUAUAGCUCAUGUUGAGUUUACGUUCAUAUCGCUGUGCUCGUUAAAACCAGUUUCAACUUUGGUGUUUGGAUGCAACGAAUGGAAGUAGUAGCCGAAACCCUGCCAGAUUGUAUUACUUAGAAAAGUUGUUAGAUGGAACGUACUUGGAUUGUUGCACCAGAUGAAAACUAUUUCGUCACUCAACAAAAGAAUAAAAAUGACAACACUCGACAUAGAUGUUUUUAAAAAUACGCUAUGGCUAUUGAUAAUAUUAAAGUAAAAAGAAAAAACAGUAAUAUGUUUUCUUCUUCCAGUACCUCCCCGGACCCGUCUAUCCGUAAAGGUGCCGCGUCACAAGAAGCGCCUGAGUCUUGAAAGACAUCCUUCUUGUACUUGAUAAGUAGUAUGUAGUAGUAGUCUCCCCUUUCCUUAUAUCGUUAUCAAUAUCAUGUUCCAUCGAACCCUCAACAUUCUGAAAGUAGCCCCAAGAAAUGCUAAAAUCUCACCCUGCUUUCCCAAAUAAUCAUUCCUACACCUCUAUUUAUAGUUGUGGUGGACUUGUUCCGCAAGAGAUAGGUCAGCGCUCGCAAAGCGAAAGAACAAAAUGAAAAUCGUCCCGUAUGCGAUUCUUUGACUUAUAUCAUGAAUGUCGCAUUACCACUACCAUCUCCGUGAUAGACUUCUCGCCGUCGUAAUCAAGUAAAUCCGAAGCCGCCACCAGAAUUUCCGGCGUGAAGACUCCCCGGCGCGUCCAGCCGUCCUUCGCAACGUCUUUCCUCAUGUUGAUGUGCAGGGAACAUAUUGAUAGAAAGAUCCACG